AUGGGCAGCGAAGGACCUGCUGUGCAAUCGCUUGAAGCCUACAUCAAGGAAUACAAGGAAAAAUAUGAACCUGGGGAAAGAGCAAAAACACUGCCUGAACAUAAGCUUAUUAAGCCCGAUGAGGAUGCCUUUGAGGAGAAAUACAACUUUGAAAACCAAAUCACAGGGUUAGCCGUCAUCAUCUGGAAUGAAAACUUUGUUAAAGAAGAAGACAGGAGAAUCGGAGCAGAUGUCGAUGUCAAUAAUUUGAAAGAAAUCUUCGAAGGUCUCGACUUCGAGGUUAGAAUUAAGAAAGAUCUUAAAGGUGUCGAGAUGGAGGAAUUCCUACAAAAGGUAUCGAUCACUUCAAAAUGUACGAAAAUAUUCCCGCUGCAGUUUGACCACAGAAACGCUGACUGUUUCGUGUGUGCAAUCAUGUCCCAUGGAGGCGAAGAACUGCAGGACAGUAUGAGAUACGACACAAUUUAUGGCACAGACGGGAAUGCAGUUCGGACGAGUCAUUUCCUGAGUAUCUUCAACGACGAAUGCUGCCCGGAAUUAGGCGGAAAACCUAAGCUCUUCUUUGUACAGGCUUGUCGAGGAACGAUCAAUGAUUUUGGCGUGUCCAUUGAAGUUCAGACAUCGAGGCAAGACAGGUCUGAGAAUGAGGAUCAAGGGGAGACGAAUCAGGUGGAUUCAAGCGGAGAAAUGAAUGCGAUGAGAUAUGAAGUCUCCCCUGCACAAAUCUACAAGGAUUUUCUUCUGAUGUAUGCCGCCCCUCCUGGGCACUAUGCAAUCCGGAAUACAACGAAUGGAUCGUGGAUGGUGCAAUGUCUCCAUAAAGAGAUGAAACCCGGAGCUGUCCUUCAUCACUCACUUACACGAGUGAGCCAUAACAUGUCACAGAAGGAAACCGAAACUAUUCCACCUAAAAAAUGCGUUCCUUGUAUCAUGUCAAAUCUACCCAAGACUGUUAGAUUUACACACAAAAAAUAAUGUGUCCUAAUUAUCAUAAUUUCAAGAGAAAAAAUAACAAAAUCGUCAGACAUUUCUGAAUCCCUUGUUCCAUCCUGACUUAACUGAGAAUGUGUUGAUGAAACACAAUAGAAAAAUAAGACAACAGGUGUUCGCAAAAACAGGUCUUCACCUUUCCAGAUGGGUACAAUGUGUGGGUGAAUUUCUGGUGUUCCCUACCGUGAUAAUGCUGGAAUAUUGCUAAAAGCGGCAUACAACCUUACUCACGCACUCACUCACUCACUCGUAUUGUAAUUAGUUAUCAUGUUAUGGACAUUUAAGGGUCCACAUUGGGGAAGUCGUCCAAGAUGCAGCAUCGCUGCGUAGUUGCGUGCUUUAAGGACGGGUGAACACUAUGAUUGAGGUUUGAAUCCCGGUUCAACCGGUUAUGUUUUUAGGUUUGUCAGCACCAUGAACAUGCAAGUGAUACAAGUCUGAGACCUGCAUCAGUUCGUGAUUUCCUUCUCCAGCUGACAUGCUGUGAUAUUACUGGAAUACCGUUACAAGCGGCAUAAAACCAAACUCACUCACAGACAAGCAGUACUACCACUUAACGUCAUCAUUCGGAAUAAAGUCUUCAUUACCAUAAACAUAUGUACCAUAAAAGUAAUAAGAGAAAUAAAUAAAUAAAGCUGUAAUUAAACUGUAACAAGUGUGUUAUUUUGUUUACUGUCAGAAAACAAACCAGUCUACAUAUUACACAAAUUAGUACAAGUUAGCUGCAGCAUCGUGUAUCGAUAUUCCAUCAAAACUAAAUGAGCUGUGUUUUCCCGAUAUUGGGGCACAUGAUGUUGUCGAGGGACCAAACACAAAACGAAUGCUCUUCUGACUUUACUAGAUUUAACAAAAUCUACAACGAUACAAGAAUCUCUGUCGAAACUUCUCAUAACCUGAAUAAAGAAAUUGUUCAUCCA